AUGCACGAGCUGAACCGCAUCUUCUCUACCUAUACCAACCCGGCCGAGUUGCAGAGUACUGUGAUCAUUGGUGCCGGCAUUGUUGGAUGCGCUACCGCAUACUAUCUUUCGCAUUCCGGUAACACUAAGCCGGAUACCAUACACCUGGUCGAAGCCUCUCCAGAGCUCUUUGCGAGUGCAAGUGGCAGGGCAGCUGGCUUCUUAGCGUCGGACUGGUUCGGACCGCCUACAGCGUCCCUCGGCGCACUCUCUUUCCAGCUUCACAAAGAGCUCGCAGCUCAGCACGACGGGAAGAAGCAGUGGGGCUACAGUCGCAGUACGGGCACAUCUCUUGCACAGAGCAACUACCGAGGCACAGCAAGAGGCGAUGACUGGCUACGGGACGGUGGAAGCAGGGCGGAUGCGGCGGGUACACAUGAAUUUGCGGGCAACCAAGUCGGGCCUGCAUGGUUGACAAGGCGGCGCGGUGAUAAGGUGGAGCUCAUCAGCGAGGAUGAGAGUGUUGCUCAAGCUGACCCUUUGCGGCUGUCCCACUUCCUGCUAAAGCAAAGCUUACUGAAAGGUGUCAGGCUACAUCAUCCCGCCCGCCCAAUAAGGGUCAGCCGAGACGGGGCGGGCGAGCUCUCUGCAGUUCGGAUACGGCAUGACACCGGCGCGGAGCUCAAAUUGCCUUGCACGCGGCUGCUGAUUACCGCUGGAGCUUGGUCAGCUCGGGUCUUCGAAACAUUGUUUCCGUCUUCCACGUUAGACUUGCCCAUCAGCUCGCUUGCCGGUCACAGUCUCGUCGUCAAGAGCCCGCGGUGGACCGAGCAGCACGAAGCAGGAGGUUGUCAUGCUAUCUUCACGACGCAGCAAGACGGCUUCAGUCCGGAAGUGUUCAGCCGUAUCGGCGGUGAGAUCUAUGUCGCUGGCCUUAACGACGCCUCGAUGCCACUACCGGAGCUCGCGACAGACGCGAAGAUAAGCGCAGAGUCUAUUGCCGAACUGAAAGCAGUGUCGGAGCGCUUGCUUGGUCAAGACGGCACAGAUGUGAGUGACCUACAAAUCCUGCGGGAAGGGUUGUGUUUCCGGCCGGUGACGAGGCGAGGCACGCCGAUACUGGCGCGCAUACCUGAUGAAGAGCUGGGUGGCGGUAUCGACACGAGGGCCGCGCCUCAGGGCGGCGUCUAUGUGGCUGCCGGGCAUGGGCCGUGGGGGAUUAGUCACUCGCUUGGGACGGGCAAGGUGAUGGCGGAGAUGAUGGAGGAUGAAGAUCUUAGUGCCGAUGUUCGAUGGUUGGGCAUCUGA